UUUUUUCCCUCCAAGGACAAAAACGCUUUGUUUCCUGUGCAGCUUCCUUCAAAAUUCAAUCAGCAGCAGGCGUUUCCUCCAACUUUUCAGCUGAAGUCUGUAUCCCCACUGUGUCUGCGAUUUGUCGCCAUGAUGCGUUACUGGGGUGAGAUCCCAGGACCUGCGGGGGCUCCUCCCAGUCGCAGCUCCUUUGACUUGCUCCAGCGUGAGUUUCGCUCCGUGGAGAUGCAGGACCCUCCCUUGCACCAGCCCUCUGCACAGCGACCACGGCCCACCACAAUGCUGGACAUCCCCUCUGAGCCGUGCAGCCUCACCAUCCAUACAGUUCAGCUGUGCCAGCACAUCCGCCGCCUCCGAGGUCUUCUGGCAGCAGCCCAAGCCCAGGCUCAGGGUCAGAGCUCAGUGUCCUCUGAGGGUGGCAGCAGGCUGGAUGAGGCUGAUACCAACCUGCCAUUACGCCCUCCUACCCCACCUGUCAUGCCAGAUGACCUGCUACCGGUGGAUAGCAAAGCACCCCGACAGCCCUUUCAGCUUCGCCACAGUGACCCAGAAAGUGACUUUUAUAAGGGUAAAGGCGAACCAGUCACAGAGUUGAGUUGGCCCUCCUGCAGGCAGCUCCUGUAUCAGUCAGUAGCCACUGUCCUGGCCCAUGCUGGGUUCGAAUCUGCUCAGGAGAGCGUGCUGGAGACGCUGACUGACAUGGUCCAUGAGCAUUACCUGCGCCUCACCCGCCUGCUGCGGGUAGCAGUGGACCGGGAGGCUCGAUUGGGGGCCAGUCCCUUCCCAGAUGUGGUGGAGCAGGUGUUCCAUGAGGUGGGAAUUGGCAGCGUGCUGGCCUUGCAGCGCUUCUGGCAAGUGAGGAUCAAGGACUAUCACAGCUACAUGCUCCAGCUCAGUAAGGAUCUGUCAGAGGAAUACGAGCGGCUGGUGAACCCAGAGAAAGCUCUAGAGGAUUCCAAGCCCCCGAAGAUCAAGGAGGAGCCCACAAGCAACUUCUCCUUCCCUGUUAGCGAGGAGCCCGAGGCUGACUUGGCCCCCGGGGACCAGGCUUUGCCAAUGGGGGUCCUUGGGGCCAACGCUGAGAGGCUGGCUUCAGGCCUGGAUGGCGACCAUUCUCCUCACACCUCAGGUGGAGGCAUGGCCAACAACUCCCCUCUGUGGCCUCAGGUAAAAGUGGAGCCACAGGAUGGCGAGGAGGGCCAGGCUUUGGCUCAUCAUCACCAUCAUCACCACCAUCACCACCAUGGGGUCCUGGGCGGAGACGUGUUUGAGGACGGGGGGCCCAUGUCCACCAUGAGCGAGUCGGGAGGAGCCAUGGGACCUUCACCAGGAGGGGUGGUAUCCGAUGGCAGCUACGCAUCACACUCACCUGACGCCAUGAUGGUCGAUGACUUUGACCAGAGACCCAAGAAACGGACAAAGAAGAUGUGAGGCUGUGUUUGCAGAGAAACUGACUCUGAACCAAAGUGGUGAAACGCACCAGCUGAUGAAGCGUUAAUGUCACAAGAGUGCUGAACUAAUGGGGUAGGGCGGGGUUUUUGUAGUUUUUCUUUGUUUCUACUAAAUAUAUUAAUGGAGUUAUCUUCAGAAGAAUAAACAUGUUCAGAACACCAGUUGUACUAAUUUUGAUCGUGGAGUGUUUUUGAGAAAAAUAUACAAGGAGUCCUAACAGUUAGCUUGAUGA